GAGGCUGUCCUUGGCUAGCCGAGCUAGCCACUGCGAGCUAAGCAACGAAUACGAACUCUCUGCUCUCGGUCUAUGUGAAGUUUACGGUCCUGUGAUUGUGUGGCCUCCUGCCCCCCCCCUCAGGUUAAGGGCUCAGGGUUGGGCUAAUGUCAUUCAGUCAGGGUGAGAAGGGGGGUCUAUCUCAGGCUGCCCCAAACGACAACACCCAGGACCUGUUUGACAGCCCCACUCAGACUGUGGCUGCAGAGAAAACACCUGAGGAUCAGGUGAAGGUUUCACCCGUGGUGGAGGAGGCCUCUCCUUCUUCCACAUCUUCUUUUGAGAUGCUUGACAUGGAAGCGGUCCCAGCUCCUUACCGAGAAGUGCAGCCUCACUGGUUCUUCUGCCGACGUGCCGAUGACAACACCUCUUGGCUUCCUUUCAGCACAGAAGACUCAGACAAACUAGAGAAUGCCUGCAACACUGUAGGAGAUGAGGAGGAGGAUGUGGUGGUGGCUGUGGAUGGACAGCGAUAUGAUGUACGUGUCAAGGAGAGGAUGCGCUACGCUGUGUAUUGGGAGCAAGCUCCCACUGAAGUCCGCCGCUGUACCUGGUUCUACAAAGGAGAUAAAGACACUAAAUUCAUGCCUUACCAGGAGGACUUCAGCAAAAGUCUGGAGGAUGCAUAUAUGAUAGCAGUGACCUUGGAUGAAUGGAAAAGGAAACUGGACUUUCCGACUGGAGAGACUGUCAUCUUACACAAUCCCAAGCUGAUAAUGCAGUAUCAGCCAAUAGGAUUGCAAGAUGAGUGGGUUUCCACCCCUUCCGAGCAGACUCGACCGCGAACUGUCAAGAGGGGAGUCGACAAUAUCUUUGUAGAAAUACCUGACGGGGAAUCAGAAAAGGUGGACCAUCUCGUCUUUAUGGUGCAUGGCAUCGGCCCUGCAUGUGACUUACGCUUUAGAUCCAUCAUACAAUGUGUAAAUGACUUCAGGAGUGCUUCCCUGUCCCUCCUGGCCUCACAUUACAAACGAGCUCAGCAGGAUGGCCAGGUGGGCCGAGUGGAGUUCCUCCCAGUCAACUGGCACAGCGCUCUGCACGGGGACGCCACUGGUGUGGACGAGGACAUCCAGAGGAUCACUCUACCCAGCAUCAGCAGGCUGAGACAUUUUACCAACGACACUUUGCUGGACUUGUUUUUCUAUAACAGCCCCACCUACUGCCAGACCAUAGUGGACACGGUGGCCUCAGAGAUCAACAGACUGCACACCCUCUUUAAGCAGAGACACCCAGAAUUCAAUGCAGCAGUUUCAGUAGUGGGCCACAGCCUGGGUUCACUGAUCCUGUUUGACCUGCUAACUAAUCAGAGAAAUGGAUCGCAAGCCAGAGAAGGGGUGCCUUCUGGUGACCUCUGUCAUCUGAACCCUGGUACACUGGAGCAGACUCUGAACAGACUGGGCCUACAGCAAUACCUGGAUAUCCUGAAGGCCGAAAACCUCGACCUUGAAUCACUGGCUCUUUGCCAAGACAGUGAUCUCAAAGAUUUAGGCAUUCCUCUUGGACCCCGGAAGAAGAUCUUAAACUACGUCAGGAGGAAGUGGCUUCCAGAGGACUGUAAGACAGAGGCAGUACGUCAGCUGUCGGGGUUACAAGUUCCACCUCAAGCCGCCAGUGACGAUGGUAACCAGCCUUCAGGAGUGACGCCUCAGCAGUCCCAGUUCCACAGAACGCAGUCUGUCACCAGUGCUGUAGACUAUGAGUACUUCGAUGUCGGCAUUGGACAGGUAUCCAUUGAUUAUCCACAGCUGGCAUUCCAACCUCAGACGUUUUUUGCGUUCGGCUCCCCAAUUGGAAUGUUUCUGACUGUACGAGGGCUUAAACGCAUCGACCCAAACUACACCUUCCCAACCUGCAAGAGCUUUUACAACAUCUACCACCCAUAUGAUCCUGUUGCAUAUCGGAUAGAGCCCAUGAUUGUUUCAGAUGUGGAUGUGGAGCCCAUGCUAAUCCCUCACCAUAAAGGCCGCAAGAGAAUGCACCUGGAACUGAAGGACAGCUUGACCCGCAUGAGUAUGGAUUUGAAGAACAAUGUACUGGGAUCAUUACGGACAGCAUGGCAGUCCUUUGCCAGACUACCUGUUGCCGCUCUGCCCCCGGUGGAGGAAGGAGAAUCUACAGUGGAGAGAAACCUUCAGGAGACACAGGCGGUGUGUGAGGAGGCAGAGUCCUCAGUGUCACCAGAGCAGCCAGAGCAGCCCGAGAUUAAGAUGGGAAUGCUGAAUGGAGGAAGACGAAUUGACUAUGUGCUUCAGGAAAAACCCAUUGAGAGCUUCAACGAGUACCUGUUUGCCAUCCAGUCUCAUCUGUGUUACUGGGAGUCGGAGGAUACAGCGCUCCUGCUACUGAAGGAGAUUUACGACAAGCUAGGUGUGGCCUUUGAACAGCCUCAACAGUAAUAAAGUCGUAUGAAUGUAUACUUGCUUGCAUGACAGUAAUCUGAAAGUAAGAAAAUGAAAUGAAGGACAGCUGACGGAGCCAGAGGCUGCACAACCCUCUUCCAGAAUGCCUUACUGUCUUGGUGUUACCUGAUUGCCACAGUCGCUCCUCCUCUGGCAGUGGGCAUUUGACUGCAGUCAGGUGAUCUUGGUUCAUGUACGCCAGUCAAAAACUCUCUUUGCAGGAUUGGAGUCGGUGUCAGUUGUUUCAAAUGCACCCAAACAUCAUCGUCCUGCUCCUGGUCGCACUUUUUUGAGUCAUUCUUUUACUUUACUGUAAUUUGCACUUUCAGUAACUAAAUACCGUCAAUACCAGAAAACGCACACAGUACUUCCAGUACGUACUUAUAUAUUGUUUAUUGCUUGGCAUUGCAUGUGGAAUUCAUUUUUAAGUGAAAUUCAUUUUCAACUGGCAUUUCUUUGUAAUUGACGACAAAAAAAAAAUUCUUUAAAAAUUCCAGAAUGUCAUCAAAAUUAUAGAUUGUAAUAUAAUUUUUUUUUUUUAUUUCCCAGACUCUAAAAAUCAUAAAUGUAGAAUUCUAAUUCACUAAAAUGUUGUUUGUGUGUUCAACAGGGCAUCUGUUUUUGAAGUUAAAGCUCUCUUAACCAAGUAACCUCUAGCAUAACUUAACAUAAGACCAGGUUAGAGUAUUAUUUAACCUUACAAUGUUUGCUUUCUGAUUUGGAAAAUGAAGGCUGAUAUUUUGUCUGUUACAAGUUUCCUGGCAGCUCUGUUGUCUGUGCCCGCAUCAAGGCCAUUUGAAACUUAAAUUUGCUGCUCCUACAUUUGUGCAAUGUUACAGUAAUGUUGAUGUCAUGCCUGCCAUUUCACAAACAUACUGUACUUCUAUACUGGUACUGAAGAUUAUGGUAAUGGUCUUCUCUUCACAUUUUUGUUUGAUUUAAAGUAUGUAUGCCACCUUGAUCAUAUCUACCAUGUGUCUGAAAGAAGAAAUCCUAAUGAAGAAUUAUAUCAGAACUGAAAUACGGAAAUGCAGGUGCUUCAAAAGAUGACCUGGUUGUCUUUUCACAGUGUAAGUGUGUGUGAUUAUUGUAUUUUACAACACUGUGUAAACUGUACAAAAAGGCCGCUCCACCCUCUAUCCUCCAGGUCUGUGCCAUUCCUCCGUCGCCACUCUCUUCUUUCUGCUAUUUACAGUCAACCCACAUAACUUUAUCUUGCUUGAGUCCAUAAACGUAACAUACUGUUUAUUCUAAGAUCUCAUAUAGACAGUCCUAACUUUUGCAUUAUCUAAGGGCCAAAAGAUACAUGUUCCACUUAUCUGUUCCUUUGUAUCGAGGUAUUGUAAUUCACCUUUUGUAUCUGUACUGCAUGCAAUUCUUUGUAAUGUGAGAGCAGAGAUUCUCAAAAUAUUCUGGUCCUAACCUAAUUGUAGGUCUCAACAUUUCCAUCACCUUCAUGGACCCAGCAAUAAGAAUUUUCAUAUAAAAAUUUUCAUUUGAAGAGCAUGAUAAAAUAAAUUAUAUAGAAAGUGUGUGUUCCAAAGCUAUUCCAUCUAUUUUAUAUAUAUAUUAAAAAAAAUACAUACUUCAAAUAUCAGUAUAUUAUAAAUAAGCCAAAUCUGCAUAUCAAAAAAACACAAGGUCCAGAUUACGAAGUUCAGAAACUGUGUGUUAGAAUCAUUUGUUAUGCACUGUCAGGGCACCACAGCCCCUCCACCAAAGCUCUGAACGAGCUGUUUCUCAGCCCUCUGGGUGUAAUAGCUGCACAAUUAAAAUAACCUAUUGGGGUUGUUCAUUUUCUUCUUUUAGAAAUGCACUAAACACAAAGUUACCAUGACAAUGUUUUCUUAAACCUCACUAUUCUCUUUGUAAAUGAUAGUGUCUGAACAGUAAAAACAGGACUUUGACUCUUGGACUCUUCUUCAUUAACAGAACUACUUGUUGUGAUAUUUGAUACUAAUGUGCUGACACAUACCAAAAAACAAACAUUUCCCUUCCUGAAUACAUACCCAUUGAAUGUGGUUACAUGUUUUGUGUGCCAUAAUAAAACAUUACAAGUG